GUACCGUAGAGCCCUCGUAGAGCCAUACCAUAAGCAUUUCUGCGGAUAUCGGAAAGAGAAGGUGAUGGAUGAGAUCUUUAUUUUUCUAGUGAUGAGAAUGGGACGUUACGAUAAGUGUGAUUUAUAAUUUGAUUUCGUUACUUAGUAAUAUUAUUUGAGCUAUAUUUUUGCUUCACUUUUUUUUUAAAUAAAAUAAAUUACUCCGUUCUAAAAUUCUGUAUAAAUUAUAAACGGUUACUAUAAAUACGGUUUUUAGAAUAGGAGUCAUUUUUGGUGGUUCCUGUUUAAAUAUAACCUUAAAGACAAUGUAAAUAAACAAAAUAAUCAAAACUUAUUUAUCAGAGUACUUCAAGAUAUUGGAAAUCAUCGGAAGGUUGUACGUUUCAUGAAACACUUUCAAAUACCCUGUUGUUUAUAAACAAGUCGUAACGUUGAAGAGCUAAAAAUAAAUCUACUCACGAUUAAAUUGUUCGUCGUAUGGAUCCAUAUUUACUUUAAUUAGUCGCAGGUAUCAUAAUUUGCGCUCUACAAGUCUUCACUUGGAACUGACACAUUCGGCUGUAAAUAAAUUUGGGAACUGGCCAGUUCUUUUGUCAUGACUACUUUGCAAUCAGAAGAUUGUCAAACUAAUGACCUAAAUGACUCAUUUCCGAUGGCUAUUGAAUCAUUGCGUUUUCCAUUAGAUAAUUCAAUGCGAAUUGUGUUUACUGGAUAUUACAAUGGAUUUAAUGUAGAGGUAAGGUCUGUGGAAGAGAUAGCACUUCUGUACCACAUGGGAUGUUUUGGAAAAGGAUCAGCAUCGCGCUCGCAACCGAAAGCCGCCCAAAACGACGUUACGCCGCGCAUCAUGCGUAAGAGACAGUUUUUAAAACGAAAUUAUUGGUUUAAAAAAUUUGGUGGAUUCAAAGGAACUGCAGAAGCAGAUAAUUUCAUGAAAGAUGUAGAAGGACUUACUGCAAAAAUAAUUGGUGAUGGCGAAAAGAGAACACAGAAGGAUGUCAUCGAUUUGGUAUCCAGCGAUGAGGAUGAUGGGACAGAAACAAAUUCUACUCAUAGUUCUGAAAGAUUUCAGAAUCAUGACAAGGAAGACAUUGUGGUGAUAGUUCCCAACAGUGAGUCUGAGGAAGAAAACUACUUUGCUAAUAUGAAGCCAAAAUGUUGUUUGAAUAAAGUUAAAAUACAAGAAAAGCUUAUGUUGACUCCGCAGGAAGCUUUUUUUUUGCUUUAUGGCUUGGGGUGUUUACAAAUAGUGAGCCUUGACAACACUUUACUCAACAUUGAAAAGUGUUGGGACAUAUUCACCACAGCAGAUAGUAAAUUUGUAAACAAAUAUGUAGUUUAUCACUACUACAGAUCUAAGGGAUAUGUUGUGAAACCAGGAAUCAAGUUUGGUGGAGAUUAUUUAUUGUAUAAAGAGGGUCCUGGGAUAUCACAUGCUGAUAACAUAGUGGUUAUAAAGUCGUCUUAUAAAGAAGAUGACUGGGUUUCUAUUCUUGGCCAUGUAAGAAUGGCAAAUACAACAGUUAAGGAAAUACUUAUUGUUGAAGUAAUAAGACCUACUGAAAGUGUGAAGUUACCUGAGGAUUUAAAAUUGUUCAGCAUUCGGGAACUAUUAUUAAGCAGGAAUUUACCAGUAGUAAUAAAUGAAGAUGACUAAAA